GCGAGCGGGGUCUCAGCCACAAUGAUGCAGAAUGUUGGAAAUCAACUGCGAAGGGGCUUGGCCUCUGUGUUCUCGAACCGUCAGUCCCGCAAGUCAACCUCACGUGCAGAGAACAAGGACGGCGCCAUGGCAGAUGGCGAGGAGUACCGGAACCCCACAGAGGUGCAGAUGAGCCAGCUGGUGCUGCCCUGCCACACCAAUCAGCGAGGCGAGCUGAGCAUCGGGCAGCUGCUCAAAUGGAUCGACACCACGGCCUGCCUGUCUGCGGAGAGGCAUGCUGGCUGUCCCUGCGUCACCGCCUCCAUGGACGAUAUCUAUUUUGAGCACACCAUUAGAGUUGGACAAGUGGUGAAUAUCAAGGCCAAGGUGAACCGGGCCUUCAACACCAGCAUGGAGGUGGGCAUCCAGGUGGCCUCCGAGGACACAUGCUCUGAGAAGCAGUGGAGCGUGUGCAAGGCCUUGGCCACCUUUGUGGCCCACCGUGAGCUCUCCAAGGUGAAGCUGAAGCAGAUCACGCCACGGACGGAGGAGGAGAAGACUGAGCACAGCGUGGCAGCCGAGCGCCGGCGCAUGCGGCUGGUCUACGCGGACACCAUCAAGGACCUCCUGGCCAACUGCGCCAUUCAGUACGAUCUGGAAAGCAGAGACUGCAGCCACGUGGUGCCAGCCGAGAAGACCCGCGUGGAGAGUGUGGAGCUGGUCCUGCCUCCCCAUGCCAAUCACCAGGGCAAUACUUUCGGGGGCCAGAUCAUGGCCUGGAUGGAGAAUGUGGCCACCAUUGCAGCCAGCCGGCUGUGUCGUGCCCACCCUACGCUGAAAGCCAUUGAGAUGUUUCACUUCCGGGGACCAUCCCAGGUUGGGGACCGCCUGGUGCUCAAGGCCAUUGUGAACAACUCUUUCAAACAUAGCAUGGAAGUGGGCGUGUGUGUGGAGGCCUACCGCCAGGAGGCCGAGACCCAGCGGCGGCACAUCAACAGCGCCUUCAUGACCUUCGUGGUUCUGGACGCAGAUGACCAGCCCCGGAUGCUGCCCUGGAUUCGGCCCCAGCCUGGGGACGGUGAGCGGCGGUACCGAGAGGCCAGUGCCAGGAAGAAGAUCCGCCUGGACAGGAAGUACAUUGUGUCCUGUAAGCAGGAGGAGAUGCCUCUCUCUGUUCCCUGGGACCCUAGCAACCAGGUGUACCUGAGCUACAACAACAUCUCUUCCCUGAAGAUGCUCGCGGCCAAGGAUAACUGGGUGCUGUCCUCGGAGAUCAACCAGGUUGCUCUGUACACUCUGGAGGAUGACAAGUACCUCUCCUUCCACAUGGAGAUGUUGGUGAAUGUGGAUGCAGCCCACGCCUUCCUGCUGCUCUCAGACCUGCGUCGGAGGCCCGAGUGGGACAAGCAUUACCGGAGUGUGGAACUAGUGCAGCAGGUGGAUGAAGACGACGCCAUCUACCAUGUCAUCAGCCCUGGCCUUGGCGGCGACCCCAAGCCCCAGGACUUUGUCAUCUUGGCCUCCCGGCGGAAGCCUUGCGACAACGGGGACCCCUACGUCAUUGCACUAAGGUCAGUUACGCUGCCCACACACUGCGAGACUCCAGAUUACAGGCGUGGGGAGACCCUCUGCUCAGGCUUCUGCUUCUGGCGCGAGGGGGACCAGAUGACCAAGGUGUCCUACUACAACCAGGCCACAUCGGGCUUUCUCAACUACGUGACCACGAAUGUGGCCGGCCUCUCUUCGGAGUUCUACAAUACCUUCAAGGCCUGUGAGAAGUUCCUUUUGGACAACCGAAAUGAUCUGGCCCCCAGCCUCCAGACCCUCUAGGCACCCUCAGUAGCCACCUCACUGCCACUCCAUUCUGCCAAGGACACGCAUGCAGUGCAUUGAGGAAGGCCAAGGCAUUUAUUUCUCCCUGAGCCCCCCAUGGGAAGCCUGACC